AUGCGAACCAACAGUCUGCUGGCAGUAUUGGCUCUCGCCAUUAUAAAAGACGUCGCUGCAUUCCCUUCAAAGCAAUCUUCAGGCAACGAUGAAGGAUCGAAGAAGUCGCACAACAACAAUGACAAACCUACAAAGUCAUCUUCGCACAAAGGUGCACCAUCUCCGAAGCCACGACCGCAGCCUCAGGGUGGACAUAGCAAUUCAUCGAGCAGUAACUGCCACGUAACAACGUACGAUGCAAUCCCAGCUGCCGUUUCCGGUUGCACCGACAUCACACUCGACGGGAUCACUGUUCCGGGAAAGAGUACUAUUGACCUGAGCUCUCUGAAGCAAGGAUCGAAAGUCACGUUCGCGGGCAGGACUUUCUGGGAACAUGGCGAUGCCAACUACCCUCUUGUCAAGAUCAGUGGGGUCGAUGUGGAGAUCACUGGUGCAGAGGGUGCGGUUCUUGACGGAAACGGUGCAUGCUGGUGGGACGGUCUGGGUAGCAAUGGCGGUGUUGCCAAGCCAAACCAUUUCUUUCAGGUCAGGGGGGUGUCAGGGAAAAGCUGCAUCCAUGAUCUGUACAUUGAGAACUACCCUGUCCAUGGCAUCAUGGUGAGCGGUAGCAGUGGACUUGAUAUCCAUCACGUUACUCUGAACAACACCGCCGGUGAAGCGCCUAAUAGUCGCUCCAAUGGUAAACCCGCUUCCCACAACAGCGAUGGAUUUGGCAUGUCUAGCACCACUGAUUCCACAAUCCAUGAUUGCACUGUCAUCAAUCAAGAUGACUGCGUUGCCGUGACCAGUGGUAACAACAUCCUCAUUGAGAACAUGGAGUGUCUCGGUUCGCCGCACGGUCUCUCCAUCGGCUCCGUCGGCGGCAAGUCCAGUAAGUUGCGCUCAAUCACCUCGUCUGGUGAACAUUCAGCUAACGGUAUCCCCUCUGCAGACAACACUGUCACCAACGUAACAUUCAAGAACUCCAACGUCAGGAACUCUGAAAACGGUAUUCGCAUCAAGUCCAACGAGAACACCACCGGUCUGGUCCAGAACAUCCUCUUUGAAAACAUCCACGUCGAGAACAUCUUCAAAUACGGUAUCGUGCUUCAGCAGGACUACCUCAACGGCGGCCCAACCGGUAAGCCUACGAACGGAGUCAAGUUCAAGGACAUUACCAUUCGCAACAUCAAGGGAACCGCUACGAAGGAUGCUAAGAACUACUACAUCCUCUGCGGAAAGGGUAGCUGUGAAAACAUCACGAUUGACAAUGUUGAUAUUACAGGUGGUGGGGAGAAGAGCACUUGCAACUUCAAGACUUCCGGCAGCUUUGACUGCGAUGGCGGAUUUCAGUAG